AUGACCAACCAGCAACCUGAACAGCAUGCUUCGGCAACAUCUGCUAGUGCAACUCGGGGCACCACCACUCUUUCAUCGAAGCCUAACUGCGUGCAACCUUCCGCACUCAUCCAUUUGCAACUCACGAUGCAUGACCUGCCACUUUCAGCCAAGGGACUUUUAAGCUGGAAACUUUUCCUGGCUCCUCCUUAUGGUCUCCUCGAACGAUGGACAAGACACACAACCUACAAACCAACCGAACCUGACAAUUUCCUAUAUACAUGGCCAUGGAACGAUGCAACUCCCACCUUGACACUCGGGUCAGACCAGACAUACGAAACCACCGAGGCGGCGGAAAGGGACACGUACGCUGCUUUGAUGAUACUCCACUCACUGGGAUUUGUCAAAGUCUCAAUGCCUGACUCGAGAAACAUUGCGAUGAGAUGGGGCUAUCCGGACCGUCAGUGGUUGAACAAGACGAUGCCACAAUUGGUGGAGAAACUUGGGAUAAAUUGGGACGAUGUUGGAAUCCCAGAUGUUCGUUGGCUCGAAUAUAUUCAGUGGGAAGCAGUUGGCUCUCGGGCAUCGGAAGCAAGUCGAUGA